AAUAAUGAGAUUCCCAGUUUCUUGAACAUUCUUCCAACACAACGUCGAUCCUCAAACAAGUCUACAAGAAAGGGAGACACAAUUUUACCGCGCCUCACAUUCCAAACACCAUCAAGACAAUCAAUAUGGCUGAAGUGGUAAGCAAAUUGAACGUCACACACUCCCCACACGCACAUGCAGUAAUGCUCGGGUCACAACUGAAACCUCCUGCAUCUCGCCCCACUGCGCAGAAAUCAAUUCCCAUUAAUAUUGCCACUCCAGCACUUCUCCAGACAAGCAAUACUAAUCCUCAUCCUAUACAGCAAGACGCACCUCAACCUCCCCACGUCCGCAAACCACGCAAAUCGGUAGCCUUCUCCGGCGACGACACAAUCAUGGACGAGAAUGGCGAGAUCUCAGAGGCCCCUACCAACACGGCCGAAGACAAUCCCACGGCCGAGAAGCACUCUUCACCGCCCGAUGACAAGGCCGUCGAUGAAAUGACCGACAUGUUCGCCGGCCUGAACAAAAAGAAGAAGAAAUCCUCCAAAACCAAGACCGCAGACGGCGAAGCUGGUGCCGACGAUGCUGCCGCCGUUGGCGACGACGGCUUCGACCCGACAGUCCUGAAGAAGAAAAAGAAGAAGUCGACCAAGACCAAGGCAGAGGGAGGUGACGAUUUCGCUGCCAAACUGGCCUCCGCUGGCCUCGAGCCGGGCUCUGAAGAUCAAGCCGCAUCCGACCAACCUCAGCAAGAGCAGUCAGGCGACAUGACGACCGGCACGGGAAUCUGGGCGCACGACGCGAACACGCCGAUCUCGUACAAUCUGCUUCUCAAGCGCUUUUUCCAGCUCGUCAACGAGCACAACCCAGACAUCCUCUCAUCCGGCUCCAAAUCAUACAAGAUCCCUCCACCCCAGUGCCUGCGUGAAGGAAACAAGAAGACCAUUUUUGCAAACAUCGCCGAGAUCUGCAAACGUAUGAACCGAAACGACGAGCACGUCACGCAGUUCCUGUUCGCCGAAUUGGGUACGUCCGGCAGUGUCGACGGAUCCAAGCGUCUAGUCAUCAAGGGUCGUUUCCAGCAGAAGCAGAUCGAGAAUGUCCUGAGACGGUACAUCGUCGAAUACGUCACCUGCAAGACGUGCCGAUCUCCCAACACCGAGUUGAGCAAGGGUGAAAACAGACUGUACUUCGUCACGUGCAAUUCCUGCGGAAGUAGAAGAUCCGUCACGGCCAUCAAGUCCGGAUUUACAGCACAAGUCGGCAAGCGUAAGAGGCUCAAUGGUUAAGGAAAAUUGCAUAAAGCUUGAAGUAUCAUUAAAGGGGAUGAUGAAGGAUACUGAAAGGAAAGGCGAGACGACGCUUCCUAUUAGAUUGAGAUUGAAGAUGGUAUUUUUGUCAUGAGAUCAUGAAACGGGUUCAUCUUUCGAGGAGAGGAGGAUAUCAGUAGUGUGGUAGGGUGCUGGAAAUAUCACGAUCCCAGAUUGGUUUCAACGAGUGUCCUGGAGGACAGGUUCGCAAUUCCUGCACGACCAACAUAGAAGAGAAAAGUACCUAAAUAACCAAACUUGACGCACAAGCACACAAAACGGAGUAACGGGCUCUACAUUUCUCUUUUCUUUUUGUCUCUUCGUUUCUUUUCAGAUUCAAAUUCAGAAAAGGCUCUGCAGACGCUCGCUGUUUCAAGAUGCUGAACUACGGCCGCUCUCAUUCCCGAUACGACGUCCCGCUCAUGUAUGCUGAAAAGGCCGUCGGGUUCCUGGUCUGCAUGUAGACGGUGCCAGGGCCCGAGAACUUGCAGACCAGGCCUUCGCCGCUGGACAAGCCGGAGAUGAUGCCUCCGCUCGCGACACGUUCCAGCACGUACUUGCAAUUCCAGGCCACGAGGUGGCCGUUGUCGAUGAUGUAACGUUCACCCUCGAUGAGCUGCGUGCCGUAACAAGAGAAUGUAGGUUAGCCAGGAACGACUCUGGUAUUCGUAUCACGUCGGGAAGAGGAUCCAGAACGUCAAACUCACAUCUUUUCUCAGAAUGGCCCCGAACGACGACAUCCACAGCAGACCGGUGCCGGACAUCUUGUAGACGAAAAGCCCUUCGCCCGAGAACAUCGCCUUGCUGAAACUCUGGUGCUUGUACUCCUUUAUGACGCCCUGCGUGCACGCGAGGAAGGCGUCACGGCCGACGCUCCAGGUCUCGCUGCCCGAAAGUCGAAGCAUGGCCAGAUCGCCCAGCGUGCUGGGAGCGAGCAGCAACUCUCCGGGUCCCGUGAACGUGGAAUGAGCCAUUUCACCACCUAUCAGCAUCUUCUUCAUGCUGAACUUGAAUGCUCCCUUCAGUGUCACCGACGGCGACAUGGCGAUCAUGGCCCCAGGCUUCGCGGUGAUCGGGCAGCCCAUGGCCAGUUGAAUCGUUAUGAUCGAGUUCGUGUCCCGGUGCGAGAUGCGGUAGGAGCCGCCGUUGAAAGUUCCCACGUCGUCUGAUGCGCUGGUGGCUUGAACACCCACGAACUGACCGCCUUCGGGCACACCUGGCAUGCGUGGUCCUGUUUGCGCCUUCAUCACGUUGCCCAUCUCUUUCGUCAACUUCCGCAGCUGGGGCGAUACGAGAGUCUUCUCUUGUUGAGUGCCGACUUCUGGUUCGCCCGGGGGAGGGCCAUCGUAGGAGGGUUGACGUUGGUGAAUGGCCGCAUGGUCGAAUGUUGUUCUGUGGGCGGGUGCUGACGCUGGAACUGCGCCGUAGUUAUAAGGUCGCUGCGCUGUGGGCUGUCGGAGAGGCGGAGGCGAUGGCGUUUGCGAUAUCUGGGAUAUCGGUGGUGGAGGGAAUGCUGGGUUGGGAGGAGGGCUCGGUCCUGAUGGCGGUGGAGGAAAGUAGUUGGCGUUGGCUGGUGGUGAGAUGGGCGGAGGAGGAUAUGCUGGACUGUGUCAGUGCUCAACGUCGCCCUCCUUCUAUCCGAUCCUACCUUGUCCGUUUUCUGGUGGUGCUGUGCUCAGUGUUAGCCAUGGUCUGAUGUCGGCUGCGGGGAGAUCUGCAUACGAGGAUAGAAUCCUCCAUGUGGCUGUCCUGAGCCUGGUGGUGGGGGAUAAGACAUUGUGGAACGGGUCAGAAUAGCUAUAACGCCCUUUGAGCAAAACACAAACGAUGGAACAGAAGAGACACAGCACUUGUCAGCAUGAGGUCGGGCGACACUCGUGGGACCUGGGAGAGAGGAAUCAACAAGUAUGAAUAUGUUUAAUUCACCUGAACGCCGCGCACAUAUUGGCGGCGUCAAGACAGGUUAGUUAUAGGAGUGGUAUAUUUAGUUGUACCAACCGAAUAGCCGCCGUUCAUGAUGCAGGGUCAGAUCUUACCGACGCCGUUGGCUUGAAUGAUCUUGGGGGAAUGUAAGGUGAGGAAGUUGUGGUUGGUUGGAGGGGUCGAACCCGGGCGCCUAUACGCACAACUCGAGCGCAUAUGCACCUAUGUUUUCCAAGGGCCAGAACAGCUGCCGCCUUAAGGUCGUUCGAGCCUCUAGUGCAGCUCGUCAUGUGUGAUCGUUUUGAACAUCGCUGGUUCAAGAGUCCUUGAAUUCCUGAGGACAAUCUACGCAGCGUUGUUGGUAUACAGACUGUCGAGUACCCGAGGGCAGCGCUGCUGGCCUGGCCCUUGUGAGUCCAACAACGGACCGCGCUGCAAUGACAUGCCCACGUCAGCCUGUUUCAGGCCCCUUGAGAUCAGCUUUAUCUCUAGACUUGUAGAUAAAAAGAACCAAG